AACUAAAUUUUAGAGAGAGAAAGAAAGAGAGAGAGUUUUCCUUUGUCUUCUUUCUCGAGACUCCAUUAAUAGUAAAUGAGAGCUCAAAUUGUCAGUACAGUUUUCAGGCCACCAUUUCAACACUUGUUCGAAUAACCCAAAAGAAAAAAAAAUCACAGAAGAACCAAAAAAAAGCAAGAGCUUUUGGUUUUUGUUUUCUUCUUCUUAUUUAUUUUGUUCGUAUAAAUUUUUUUUUAAUUUCUGGGUUUGAAUUAAGCAAAAAAAUAUUUGGGUGUCAAUGUCCUCUGAUCUCUUCAUAUACGAUGGCUCUUUCUUCAAUCAUUCAAGCCCAGCAGAAGUGGUUUCUUCGGAACCAGACUUGUUCUUCAGCGAAGAAUUCUCUCCUUUCUCAGAUUCCGCCAUUGAUAUUUUCCAAGCUUGCUCAGACCAUAACAAUCAUCAAACUCAGCAAAACCCAGUUGAGGAAUCUCAUUCUCUCGACCAAAUCUCCUCUUCAAUACUCUCAUCUUCUUCUCCUCCAUCUCACAAGUUACAAAGCUUAAACCUUUAUCACUCUCCAACAAUAACCACAACCCAAUUACAGAACCAAAACCUCUCAAAUGGGUUCGGAAUCAAUUUCUCUGGUUUGGAUUCUUUCAGUGUCAAAACCGAGGAAUGUCAAAUGGGUUUCGAGAAUGGUUAUUAUGGUAACAAUAACUUUGGUGGUCUCUGUUCAUCUUCAUCAGAUAACAAUGUUACGAAGUAUAUUCAGAGGAGUUUAAGCAGUAACUCCUUUGAUGGAAAACCUGGUUUUUCAUUCUCACCUCAGUUUGAUUCUCUCAUGGAGUCAUCAAAUUUUCAAACUCAUCAUCAUCACCAACAUCAAGCCUUGAGCUCUCCUGAGAUUGACAACGGUUUCUUAAGUGGUCAAAUGAGAAGGGUUUGUAGCACUGGAGAUUUACAGAAUUUCGGAGCAGCUAGAACAACCCAGAGAUCAUUCUCGAGUCCUUUAGCUUCAGAGAGUUCGUUCAUGGAGGAAGCUAAUAACUUCAAAGUGGGGAGAUACAGUGCAGAAGAAAGGAAAGAGAAGAUUUCAAAGUACAGAGCCAAAAGAACUCUAAGAAACUUCAACAAGACUAUUAAGUAUGCAUGUCGAAAAACACUAGCCGACAAUAGACCCCGCAUACGUGGCAGAUUCGCACGCAACGACGAGCCUGGUGAGAUUCCUAAGGCUGCAUGUUCAAUCAGAGAUGAAGACGAAGAAGAGCUCUGGCUUGAAGAGUUGCAUGAAGAAGAAGAAGAAGAAGAAGACAUUAAUGGAACAGUAAGAUCAGGACAGUUUGUGAUGAACAGUGGCUCUUCUUAUGGCUCUACACAGUUCCAAUACUAUGGCUUUUGAAGAAGAAGAAGAAGAAGAAGAUGCUUUUUUCCUCACUUUGGUGGAGCUUUUUAUUGGGUUGUUGGGUGGAGUUUUUCUUUACAAUAUUUUAGGUUCGGACCACAACAUGACCACAAAAUGCCUUUUUGAGAAAAGAAUCAGAAGGCUUUUUUUUUUUCUUUUUAAUUUAAUAAGAAGGACAACAAAUUAAAGUGUUGAUCAGGUUAUUAAUCUAGUUGGGUAUAGUUGUAGGCUGGUAGCUCGAUAGCAGUUAGCUUCUGGUAGUUUAAUUUGUAUUUGUAUUUGUAUUUUUUAAUAUGAUUAUUUAACUUCUCUAUUGUACAAAUGG